AUGCGAACGAGUCCGACGCGCUGCUGCGCGCUCGUUCUAGUGACGAUUCACUCGUCUCCAUCGGCGAUUACAUGUGUCACUCUCCGAAGCUUUUGGUUUCAACUAUUCGAGACUCUGUGUCCCAGGCAAAGAGUCCUUGUCGUCAUGCUCUGGUCUUCAUCCCUUCUUCUCGCCUGUGUUGCCGAUUUCGGCAGGACGUCUCGACUGACGGCAUCGGGUCGUCGGGUGGAGUUCGCCUCAUUGCUUCCCUUUGUUGGACCGGUGGUACUCGGCGACGCUUCCGCGGCAGCCGCUCGAGGCCAGGGCGCCGACGACUCCUGGCAAAGGUCGUGGCAGGGCUGGGGGCACGGCUGGGCGCGCGACGCGGGCUGGGACUACUCGACCGAAUGGCCCGGCGGCGUUGGGCACCGCCGCGCCGCGAGCUCGUCGCGCGGGGCCGUGCUGGCACGGGGCGUGACGCGGAGGCCCACCGCCCGAUCGGCCGCGCCCCGGGCGCGCGCGAAGUGGGUGCCGAAGCGCGUGGCUGGCGCCGAGGUGGCGGAGGCGCCCAUCGCGGCGGGCGCCAGCGCGGAGGAGGUUGUUGGCGAUGCGGGGGCGCAGAAGGACUCCGCCGUGGUCGACCAGCUUUGGCGCGACUACCGUCCCCGCGCUCAGGACGGGCCCGACCAAGCCGACGCGGGCUGGAGCUUCUCGCCCGGGGGCGCUGGCUGGGAAGGCCACCGCUGGAGCGGCGCUCGCUGGGGCGCCGCGCGGCCGGUCGACACCGACGCCGAGCCGCAGCAUUUGCCUGUGAAGGUGAUGAUGGCGGACGGCGGCGGCGACUGCGGCGGCGACUGCGGCGGCGGGUGGGGGCCCGCCGCCGCCGCGGGGCCGGCUCUCGAGCGCAGCGCGUCGGCAGGCUCUGGAGUGGCAGCGCACCGAGGGGGCUCGGCCAGGCGCUGGGGCUCAGGCUCCCGUGGCCGCGCGGAGCAGCGCCAGCAGUCGGGCGUGUCGUACUACCCCGCGGCGUCCCGCCGGGGGCCCGCCGCCCGUGCGGCCGCCCCUGCCGGCGGCGGCGAGGGCGGCGAGGGAAGCAGCCAGUUGCCCUCUAUUAUCCCCAUGGGGCGAUACGGCGAUGCUUGGAACACCCGCGAGUGUGGCAAGUGGAGCUACCUCUGGCGCGUCACCGGCAAUAACUACAGGGGCCAGCUCGCGCUGUUGGACCAGCUUCCUCAGAACAUCAGUUCCCACCCCGCCGCCGCCGCCCUGGAGAAGGAUAUCAAGGCCAGCCUCAUAGAAUGGAGCUACAGCGAGACCAGCGUGAUGUGUAAGAAGGGCAGGUUCGUUCACGAGAAGCGCGACCUCUACACUAUCACGGCCUUAGUGGGAACCCACCGACCGCGUGCGCAACCUGACCUGGACAGCAAGAGCUCGAGGCGCAAGCGGGAGCGCAGCCUGAAGGCCCCCUCCCACCUCCAGGACAUCGCCGACGAGAUGCAGGAUCAAGGCAACAUGGAGAUCGCCACCGCUACUGCCAUCUUCUACUGGCCUGAGGAUGCUUGGUCUCUUGCCAAGGUCGUCUCGGCUGCUUUCAAUCAGGACCCACUUGAUUGGAAAGAUCUCCCUGCGCCGAUCACCAUGCACCAGCUGUGGGAGAUCGAGAGCCAGGAGACCAUCAAUAACAUGUUCGCUGACUGGGUCACGCCUAUGGAGGAGCUGCUGCACUUCCUGUCCGCGGAGAUCCCGAGCGCGGAAGCGAACGCCUCCUCGGACCGGUGGAACCUGGUGCCGCAGCCAGUGACCCAGUACCGGGUCCGCCUCACGGCGGUCGGCCGGCGUGAAGUGUGGACGGUGUACCGCCGCUAUUCGAAGUUCUACACCCUGUGGCAGAACCUCCAGAAGCGCUUCCCGGAGCACGUGCUGCCACCCAUUCCGCGCAAGAAGCUGCUGGGCAAGGAGUACCCGCAGUUCAUCGAGCAGCGCAGGGUCGAGCUCGAGGAGUUCCUCGGGCUGCUGUUGAAGCUGCCGGUAGAGAUCUCGCUCAGCGAGGAGGUGUGCCUCUUCCUGGAGGUCCCCGAGCCGCUCCGCCGGGAAUUCCUCGAUGCGGAUUCCUGGUCUGCCCCGGCGCCUUCCUGUGCCCUUCUGCUGGGCGACGGCCAGAGCUGCUCACACGGCGGCUCGGACCGUGGAGGCGGCAGCGCCGGGGGCGCCGGCGGCGUCGACGAUGCGCGCUGCUGCGAGCGGUCGGCUGCGCUGCGGGCGAGGCUGCAAGGCCUGCCCAGCAGCAGGAUGGUGUCGGUCCGUGGCUUCGAGGAGUGGUUGCUGACGACGUGCCGCACGCGGGACCCGCCGAUGACGCAGGGCCACGCCGAGCUGAUCUUCCUGGGCCCCGAGGGCCGCGGUGGGCUGCUCGAGGUAGUCGGCGAGCUGGAGAAGUCCGAGGUGCGGUCCAUCGCAGCGCUGGGCCUGCUGUGCAAGCUGCUGUCCCACGAGUCCUGCGGCGAGGCUACGCUGUUCCGGGCGGUCCUGCGGCGGCUAGACUUCGCGUUGCUGUCGCGCAUGCGUCUGCAGCACCACAUCCACAGGAACCGCGGGCAGAGCAAUCGCCUCGACGCGUUCCACGUGCUGCGCUCCCUGGAGCUGCCCGCGAACGCGCUCUCCGCACUGCUGCAGGACGACUUCGCCCUGCGCGAGUUCCGGCGUUGGAGCGAGGGCUUGCAGGGCACCCUGAGCUUCCGCACGCUCCACCGGCCCCUCCUCGCGCAUCGCCGCGCGGCGAGUGUGGAGACCCCUGGGCUGCAGGCGCGCGGCGAGCUGAGCUCCCGCGAGUGCCGGAAGAUCUCGAACAGCGCGGUCACCAACGUGCAGAUGUAUCUCAGCCUCCCGCUCCCCAGCGGCGAGUUGGAAUUGCCCCACAGGGCCGCCGCAGAGUGUGAGGGCGCGGCUGCCGCGGAUCUGGACUCGGAAGUGCCCCCAGCGCCCGCCGACUUGGGCAUAUCGCUGGGAGCCGCCAGGAGCUUCCGACUGCAGCAGCUGCAGACUUCCAGCUACGCUCUGGAGGGCUAUUCCGAGCAGGGGCCGCAGUGGUGCGCUGUACCCUGCCCCGAGCCGCUCUGGCGAGAGCACUACGGGGUGCGGGCUUUCUACCGGUACGUCGAGCCUUCGGAGCAUCAAUUGGAUACUUACAUGGUGCGGGUCGAGUUGCGGCUGCCGUGGCCGCCACUGCUGGUUGCCUGCCUGCUGGCAGACCACGGGAGCCUCAUCGACCACCUGUUGCCUAGCGCCCCAGAAUUGUCACCUGCUACUGCAGAGCGGCUGCGGCAGAUAGCAGAAGGUUCCUUGCCGCUGCUAUCUCAGUUGCAGAGCUCGCGGACCGCCAAACAAUUGAGUUCUGGGGCUGCCAGCGAGGUCUACAGCGAGCACCUCGAGUGUACCAUCGGCACCCCGGCUGCACCUCACGCUUCAGUGCGGCUGUGGCUGCUGAAGUUUCUCCGCAUCACGCGCAUUCCAGACGACAUGGGCAGCCCGAGCAUGGCCACUGGAUCGUGCAGAGGCGGCGGCAUGGAGGGCAGCAUCUUUCGCGGUGAAGGCAUAUCUUCGUACCUGUUCGUUUGCACGGCCGCCCCGCCCGUCGCAGACACGCCUGCGUCGUGGCAGGAGGCCCCGGACGGGGCGCGCGCGGGCCCCCGGGAGGAGUUCUGCCGGCAGGCCUCGCGCAGCUCUUUGGACGAGGUGCUGACCAGGACCCGAGCCUCACUGGCGUCCCCGCGGGGGAAACGCGGAGCGCCCGAGCGGGUGGCGCACCUGCGGCCGAGCGGGGUGGAGGUGCGGCCGGCAGCCGGCGGGGCUGGCGAGGGGAGUGAGGUGAGCGUUUGCUUGCUGCCAGGGAAGGAGACCAUCCGCCUGGUGAGCGGUGAUCUCCUGGGGGAGAGGCCCGCGCGGGACAGGAAGCCACGCAGACAUGAACUCCAGAGGCCCUCGGGCGACUUCUCCGCUGGCGCCGAAACCGGGGACCGCCCGGGGACGUAUCCAGCUUCAGCGGAAGGGCAAUGCAGCCGCGGACGCCUGAAGUUUGUGUCAAAGCGUGGCUUUGUGGCUCUGGAGGCUAAUCCUGUGGAAGACGCUGGGGAACGCCCUCUUCGUGCUGGAGAGCCUCUGCCCCGCCGUGGCCGGCAGCGGCGGCGGGCCGCCGCUGCCGAGCGGCUUCACCCACCCCCUGCUGGCCAGGCGGGCGCUGGGACCACGACGACGACGAUGACCCUCUACGGCGGCCCCCAGGGAUCUUCAAUCCCUGGAGGUCUCGGGAGGCUUCCGCGAAGGCCCAGCUCCAAAGGUCCUUGAAUGCGGCCUGCGGAGGCCUUGGCCCCUUGGCUAGCUGACAACGCCCUGAAGUCUCGACCCCCGACCCUCCUUCGACGUCGGGCACGGCGAAGAUCAGGACGGCGACGGCGGCUCUGGCGGUAUCGGCGGCGGCGAUGACGCCUUUGCCGCGGCACGUCGGCGCCGUCCGCCGCCAGCCUCCUCGCCGCUGCCUGGGCCACCUCGGGCCUUCGAGGGCCGUCGCGGCCGCGGCCGUCGGCGGCCGCCGGCCAGGCUGGAGCAGUGCUUGGCGCGGCCCGCGCGCGCCUAUUCCCCCUCGGGCGGCAGCGCGGCGUCCCGGACCUCUUCUGCGGCCGCCGAGGAGCCGCACCUCGAGGUGGAGCUCGACGUUGUGGAGAUGUGAGCGGCUGCGCAAGAGAGGAGUUUGGGGGGAGCGAGGAGGUGGAGGAGGAGGAGGAGGCGGCGGGCUGGGCGCCCACGUAUAGAAGCCCCCCCCGGCGGCCGGAGCA